AUGUUCCAAUGCCCGAACUGUCGGGCGUUCACCGAUCUCAGCGCCGAGGUUGAUGACUCGAAUGACUCGGAGGAAAAACGAGAGAAAGAACCGACAGAAGAUAGGGCAUCCAACGACUCCGGGGAGCAGCUUGAGACCGAAGGACCUUCAGUUGUCGAAACAAAUAGCGGACCGCCUGGUCAGCUCGGCGAUCUUGCCGAAGAAAACUUGGUGAACAAUGUUGAGAACCUGCAUCUACAGGAUGACCAGCAAACCGACGACACUCGAAGCUCAGCCUCGCCCGCCCCUAACUCAAGCACCGAUGACCUCGCUCGCAGUGCCACUGUUAACAUCCCCGGGUGGCAACCGACACAACCACUCAGUGUGCCAUCUGGUCGCCAAUCACAGCUACGAACUGACACACCAGUGCGCUCAGAAACGUCUGAUGACAACCCAUUGACUCCACGAAAUGACUCGGGCCCUUUGGCUUUUGAUGGCCGAGCAGGAAUGCCCUAA